AUGGUAGACGUGGUGCACUUCCUGAGCGCUGCAGUCGUCACCGACGAUGACGCAGACAACGUCCAAGGUAAAUGGAUUGGCCUGGGUAUCGUUAUUGCCUCUGCUGUGCUCUCCAAUCUCGGCGUGAACGUGCAGAAGCUCUCUCACGUGCGGGAGGAAGAGAAGCCCGUGUUAGAGCGACAGACAUACUACACCCGUCCAUUAUGGCUGAUUGGCUUGAUCUUAAUCGCUCUGGGUGCGAUUGGGGACUUUGAGGCGCUAGGUUUUGCUCCUCAGGCUCUGGUAGCAGCAGUAGGUGGCGGUUUUACUGUGUUGGCCAACGUGUUUUUCGCCCACUUGUGGUUGGGGCAGAUCCUGACCAAGACAGAUGUGCUGGGUACGUUGCUUAUCAUUAUAGGCGUCGUACUUAGUACUGUCGCCAACGAACCAGACGAGCAAAUGUCACUUGUGGAGCUGGAGAAACAGUUUUUUCAGCUUGGUUUUUUUAUCUAUCUUGGUGUUAUGACAGCUGUCCUAGUCAGCAUUUUUGGACAGAUUGAAGCUAUAUUGAGACUCCCAAGAGCACAGAACGAGUCCAAGUACAGGUUACUGCCUUUCAUGUACGCCACGGCGUCAGGUAUCUUUGGCUCCUUCUCGGUGUUGUUAGCCAAGUGUGCAUCGAUCCUGCUUAUAUUAACGUGCAGUGGAGAUAAUCAAUUCGUCUACUGUACGACGUACUUGUUCAUGGGCGGUAUGAUUUGUACGCUGAUACUACAAACGGAUUUAUUGAAUCGUGCUAUUAUGAGUGGAGAUACACUCAGUGUUUUUCCAAUGUUCCAAUGCUUCUGGAUUGGGUCCAGUGUCAUUGGUGGCGUGGUGUUCUACGAAAAGUACAUGCGAUUCUUGCUUUUUGACUGGAUUUGCUUACCGAUCGCACUAGCGUUUAUUAUCGUUGGCAUUUACCUGCUGGCAAAACAUGGUGAAAGAGAAGUCGAUGCUCCGGAUGAUCCAGCGCACGCUACUCCGAGUCGUCGUGCACAUUUGACGGGUCAUUUUGGUGCGCUUAUGCCACUGUCACCGCAAGGCCGUUCGUACAAUACUUUUAAUCAAAAAAGCUUCCAAGACCACGAAAACGAGCAUACCCCAUUGCAGUAUACAUCAUCAAGCGACCGUGAUAUUGGGCUUACAACUGGGUACGCAAACGGAUUCACCAACGGACAGACUACUGAGCAUGGCCACAGCCACAGUCACGGAAACGGCAAAUCCAAUGGACAUUGGCAUGGACCUCACGGCCGAAGGCAUCAUAAUGCUGAUCUUGAGGAACAGCCUGUGUACAGCGGAUCUGUUUAG